UUUGCCUGUAGCUUCUCUCCACUGCAGGCUUUCCCCGAACGCGUUGCUUCUGGAGCUCGUGCUGCAUGUCCACUAUUGAUUAGCUUGUCGAUCUGUUCGCAAGCACGCUUGAGCUUUUAAAUGUUGCCCACUGGACGGGGGGCCUGAGCCCUUGACUUUGGGUGUCUAGGGGGGCGGCUGCAAGGGUGUAGAGGAAAAAUGGCAGCCCAACCAUCCGCCCCCGCGUCAGGCUCAUGGAGUUUUGAUUUGGUUGGUCAGCUGAAGCGGAAGUUUGGCGUUGGAGCUCAGAACUGGGAUCGUUUCGCGUCGGCGGCUGACAGCGCGAAUGAAAACUUGCGGUUGCCACCAAGCGGUGCGCAUGUGACGUUGAAGGAUCUUGCACGGGACCCGUCCACUAUCUCCGUCAACGCGAAGGAUGAACCUGCAAUACGGUCAGCCAUUGAGGAUGACAGUGGUUGGGUGGGAACCCCCGACCCAACGAAGUUUGCACCCGGCACCUCCGAGCUUUCCCCUCGCGAGCUGAAGGAGGAAAUCGACAAGGGAAAUGUAAUGCUAUGGAAGGACUUUAAAAAAGCUGUUUCGGAGCUGACCGGCGAAGACCGUGAGGCGCUGCUGGCAGAAGCGCAGAAGCGCAUUUUGCAGGAACAGUACUUCUUCACCCUUAAGGAUGGCUCCAAGGUUUCCCUGUGGGACGUCUACGAGUACGUUGAGAACAACCCAGAGCUUCAGGCGAUGUACGAGCGGCGUCGCGACUUUCAGGUUGCGAAUCCGGAUGAUCCGGCUGGCCGGCCGCUCCCUGCGCAGGCCGCGUCAGGAUUGGAACGCAGCGCUUCGUUGCCUGAGGCGGUACUGGCGCCCGAGGAGGCGAACGAGCUGGAGCUGGACUGGGGUCACAUUGGAAGAGGAGCGCUCUGGCGACGGCGACCCACCAGGUGGCUGCGGGGAAUGGACGGCGUCAAGGACUGGGACGUAGAGGUUUACGCGCAUGAGCCCAUGGCCAACCAGGUGCUGGGGCGGAAGUACGGUGGCCGCGACCCGUACGCUGUGGUUCAAGAGCCGUCGUACGCACAUGACGUCGUUCGCUGCGGGCCGUUGCUCGGCAUGACGUUCGUGUUGACUGCAGCUCGGGACCUCCCACUUCAAGAGGUUGCAAGCGCUUGGCGCGACCUCUUGUCGUCUUACCUUCAACGCCAGAGCCCGUUGUCUGUACCACGCCGCUUACGGCCGUACGUGCUGGACACAACCGACUUGAACGGCGCCUCGUGGCCUCGGCGAUUCCUGGAUUGUUGUCAGCAGCAGGGUAUUAAAACUGUGUCGUCCGCUACGAAGGGUGAUGAGGCAGGGGACGACGAGCUGGGAGUAACUUGGCGGCAGAUGGAGCAAGAGGAACAUGGACAGUCGGUCCAGGCGGGCUUGCGGUUACUGCAGUCGUUGCCAGAGACUGUGUGCCCUGGCACCGACCCUUCUUCGGGGCCCCUGGCUGGAACCUCUUUGGUCGACGACACGGGACGCAGCUGGCGCAAGGGUGGCUCCUUGUGGCUGACACUCGAGCCGGAGGGCGAAAUCAUCCUGCAGGCUCAGAGCGCCGGUCUUGUGGGUGAGCAGGAGUCCUACCUGCUCACUCGGCUGGAGCGACAGGAAGCUUUGUCGGGCGCUGUGAUGGACGCCUUCCUCGGGCCGCAGCCUGUGGACCCCUUCAUGGCGGCCUCGGCCAGGUCCCUGCUGCUGCUACCAGCGAAUGGCUUCACGGCUGGGAACCGGAACCGAGACCCGAACCACCCGAUGUUUUCUGACCCGGUACGACGGCAGCCCAAGGUGCCGGCAGACCCGGGCGCCUUCCGCUUGGUUUCCCCGAGCCAGAUGGAGCGGCUCCAGCCUGGACAGUGCGGCACAAUCCUUUCAGGCAUUCGUGAGGUCACGGUCGCUGGCGAGCUUUUUCUUAGUGCAGACUUGCCCUGA